GCCGCACUCAGAGCGUGAAAGGUACAUUUCGUGUUUGUUACUCAAAACAUCCGUUACUAUUUCGAAAGCAAAGACGAAAAAAAAACAAUUUUUGAACUCUGACCAAAAAAAAAAAUCGUCAAGUCCAAGAAAAUAAAUCUCAGCGCCACUUAGAAAAUCAAUAGCAAAAAAAAAAAAAAUCCGAUUGUAUUUGUGUACGCGCCACGUCUGAACGGAUUACGGGCGUUUAAGCUAAACAAAGCAAAAACGUACGCGUUACCAAAAAAAAAAAAAAACAAUAGGAUUAAUUAAAAUAACAAAAUAAAUAAACAGCAAAAAUUAAGUGAUUUUGCAGUGAUUUUUGAAAAGCUGAUAAUUCAGUGCCAAAAGAAAUCAAGAAAUCAGACAAAGCAAAUAAAAAUUGGCAAAAGUGAACUGAAAGUGUACAGUUAACACUGUAAGACACAAAAUAAAAAUUAGAAAAAUAUAAAUAAAUAAAAAAUACCACAAUUGUGUGCACGCUUUGUGAAUACCACGCAUCAGCGCAUUAUAACAAUUAACUGACAACAACUCGCAAAUUUCUUAAUUUAAAUUAAGAAAUUUCUCCAAAUUCAACACUUUUUUUCACCUCCACACCUCGCACACGGCCGCCAACGACGACCGUCGCCAAAAACAGCCGCCAAAAUUCUACUCAAAGAACGUAAAGCAGUCAUUUCUAAAAUGAAAUCACUCACCGCCGUCUGUCAAACAGGUGCCUCCAUGCCGCCUAUGAAUCCGAACGGCCGCAUUGCGCGCCAUACGCCCCAACGUGGCGACGGCGAAAAUGCCGAGAUGAAAAUGUACCUCUCCAAAUUGAAAGAUCUCGUACCGUUUAUGCCGAAAAAUCGCAAACUAUCCAAAUUGGAAAUCAUUCAGCAUGUUAUCGAUUACAUAUGCGAUUUGCAGACCGAACUUGAGGCACAUCCCGAGAUUGCUAAUUUCGAUGCGGCCACCGCUUUGAAUAUGGCCGCCGCUGCUACUGAUGAUUCUGCAUAUAAUACCAGUGAGGAGAAUGUACGUUUGGCUGAACGUCUUGCGGCUGACAGUAGUUUCAGUGCAUCGCUACAACAACAACAACAGCAGCAGCAGCAAGCGAAUGGCGCACAAACCUCCACCACCUCUGCCACAUCUAGUCCUGCAUUGCGUCAGCCUUUGGCUGAUCGCCAAGCGCCAAAUACCAUCCUGCCCGGCACAAAUACAGCAGCUGCUGCACAUACGACAAUGGCGUUGCAUAUGCAACAACAAUUGCAGCUGCAGCAGCAACAAUGGGAACAGCAACAGAUGUUGUUGCAACAACAACAACAACAACAGCAGCAACCACAGCAGCAGCAGCAAGCGCAACAACAGCAGCAAACACAGCCACAGCAACAACAACAACACCAGCAAAUGCCAACCGGCGAAACGGUGAGUUGUUGAUCUGGCGAAGUUGUAGUUGUAAGAGUUAAGACGAUAGACGGUUUAGAAGCAGAAACGGAAGAAGUCUAAUUUUAAGUUUAGUCCUUAGGUUGUAUAGCAUUUUAUUUUUAAUAAUGCUUUUGAGUUCAAAGGGGAACAUCUUUUUUUUUUUCUUUUAAUUUUUGAAAAAAAUUUAAGAAAUUAUUAAUUUUCUAAAUACUUCAAUUACACAGUUGUCUCCUAUAGUUAUUUUAAGCUUAAAUCCAAUCCUGAAUGUAAAAGCAUAAAAAUGUAUAUAUCUAAAUAUGAAUUUUGAAAAAGAAUACAUAAGAAAGUGGCUGAAAACGCUAUUUAACGUAUGAUUUGUGUAAAAAAAAAGAUAUUUUGUUGUUAAAGACUGUUAUAGAUAUUUAAGUUGGUCGAAUAAAAUGAAGAAAAUAUUGACUAAUAAUUAUGAAAAACAAAAA